CAUCAAUUCUUCAUAUAAGAAGUCAAUGUUCCCCACCUAAGCUAAUGCGUUUUACAAUAUUAGAUACUUUGAUAAGAAGUCAAUGUUCCCCACCUAAGCUAAUGCGUUUUACAAUAUUAGAUACUCUGAUAAGAAGUCAAUGUUCCCCACCUAAGCUAAUGCGUUUUACUCAACACCCAUGAGCACGACAAUGAGCAUGACAUGCACUCUGCCAGUAAGUAGAAUUAUCUCAGAAAGUGAGGAGAAAGUUUUCCAAUAGAUGAGGAUUCCCAGCUGGCCGGCAAGCGUCCGCUACGUAGCAGCCACUAGCUUGGAAUUUUCAUCCACUUAAUAAUUUCUGAAACAGUAAGAAACCAUAAUGGAGUAUCGUCUCUAGUACCAGGGCUGCUACAAAUAAGAUUGCCUUGCUCUGCCUCCCAGUAGUAAUGGCUAUCUGCAUCAUACUCGCAUGGCUUCUUUUUGUCACACUUGCCUCCCUUCUUCUUUCUUUCAGAUACAAAAGAAUGGAGCAGGGAAAGGCAGAUUACAGGCUCCCUCCUGGCCCAAAGAAGCUUCCCUUAAUCGGGAACUUGCAUCAACUUGGUAGGCAGCCUCAUCACUCCUUAUGGCAGCUCUCUCAAAAAUAUGGCCCUCUCAUGUACUUAAAACUAGGUAGCGCCCCAGCAGUAGUAGUCUCAUCUGCGGAGAUGGCCAGGGAAGUACUGAAAACUCAUGAUCUCGACCUGUGCUCGAGGCCUCGCCUUGUUGCUGCUGGCAAGUUGUCUUACAACUGUUUGGAUAUCAGCUUCUCGCCCUAUGGUGAAUACUGGAGAGAGAUGAGAAAGUUAUGCAUCCUCGAACUUUUCAGUGCCAAGAGGGUGCAAUCAUUUCAGUUUAUAAGGGAAGAAGAGAUCUCACUAAUGAUCGAUCGUAUCUCCCGUUCUUCUCCAACUCCUAUAAAUCUUAGCAAGCUGAUGAUGAUGCUGGCCAAUAAUAUGAUCUGCAGAACUGCGAUGGGUAGGAAGUACCAAGAAAGUGAUUAUGAGAAGGGUAUAUUUCACAGGAUUCUUACCGAAGCGCAGGCGUUGCUAGGCAGUUCUUUCAUUGCGGACUUCUUCCCAUCAAUAGGCUGGAUGGACAAGAUAAGUGGAGUUGCAGGUAGGCUUGAGAAGAACUUUAGUAUGCUUGAUGCUUUCUAUGAGCAGGUCAUCAGGGAGCACCUUGACCCCGAGAGAACGAGACCCCAGCAUGAAGACAUAGUCGAUGUAUUGCUUCGGCUGCACAAGGAUGGAAAUCUAACAAAAGAUAACAUCAAAGCAGUGCUAACGGAUAUCUUCAUUGCUGGAACGGAUGCAGCUUCUGCGACCUUAGAAUGGGCCAUGGCAGAGCUUGUAAGGCACCCGAGAGUGAUGAAGAAAGCACAAGAAGAAAUAAGAGCUUCUUUAGGAACUAGAGGAGAGGUGGAAGAAGGAGAUCUUCAGCAGCUGCAGUACCUCAAGUUGGUGGUGAAAGAAACACUGAGGCUGCACACUCCUGCCCCAUUGCUGCUUCCUCGAGAGUCCAUGAGACACUCUCGGAUUCAUGGAUAUGAUAUCCCGCUGAACACAAGAGUGUAUGUCAAUGCUUGGGGGAUAGCAAAAGAUCCUAGAUCAUGGGAUGACCCUGAAGAGUUCAUUCCUGAGAGAUUCAUGGAUAGUUCUGUCGACUACCAAGGCCAUAAUUUCGAGUUCAUACCAUUUGGUUCUGGUCGAAGAAUCUGCCCUGCACUGAAUCUGGGGGCUUUGACAGUGGAGCUAGCACUUGCGAGCUUGUUAUACCAUUUCGACUGGGAACUGCCUGUUGGGACGAGCAGAGAAGACAUCGACAUGAAUGAAGCGCCAGGAAUUACGGUGCACAUGAGUUCUGCUCUUCACCUCGUAGCCAUAAACCACAUCAUGAAAGAGCCAUAAAUCAUUUAAGUUAUAUUGCUUAGUCAUCUACUCAUGUAAGAUUAGGCGCAAGAAGAGAUUGCAGAACCAAGGGAAAAAUUAUGUGCAUGAUGUUUUAUGAUAUGUAAAUAUCAUGGCUAGAGUUAUAAUGCUCUAACUGCAAAGAGAAAAGUCUUUGCUUGGAAUUUGCAUGUGCUGAACUUUCAUCUAUGGAAUUUGAGAGGACUGAUGUUGUCUGAAGUGAUAAA